GGAAAGACUAGUUUAACGCAUCUCUGCCUUCCAGUUGCUAUUGGAUCUGUCAGGUGAGAAACGCGCUCACGAACCUGAGCAUCCGCGAGAUCAUCUUCAAAACCAUCAGCGCGCGUCAAGUGACCAAGCGUCGGUUACUUCUGGAAAUACAGAAGAACGCGGAACUUUAGCGCAGGUGGUCCACCUCUUAGAUUUACGUCUUUGAAAAGUCUGUUAUAUGAGAGAAAACACAAAUGCCUUAAGUCUUAAACGACGUUGUUUUUGAAACUCGACGGACGUCGAGGUUAAAAUAAACUAACAAGACGGGAAGAUUUUACAAAGAAAGCGGAGCGCUCAGAGAUGCACUGAAAUCUUCCCAUGAAAAUGGGUUGAAGAAAAGAAAACGCCGAUAAAGAGAGGUGUAAGUAGGAUUUUUUUUUAAAACACAUGGAGCCAUAUAUGUACAUUUUAUUUUAAAAUACAUUGACACUAUAUUUGAAGAAGAAGAGGACCGCGCGCUCAGCGCGUGCAAGUGUUUCAUUGACUUUUAAUGUAUUGAUCGCAAAUUCCUCUUCUGCUGCUUUGUAUAAAAGCAGUUUACUGUCUUGAGAUGUUGGACUUCACAUUAAUGAUUCAGUUAUAGAAUUUCACUUGUCUGUGUAAUGAAGAAAGCCUUUUCUUCACUUUAUUUUUACAGUAUGUUUUCUAUCUCAAGCUGUACAGAUCUUAGUGGAUUUCAGGGAUUAAAUUUGUAUCUUUUUGCUGCUGUUCCCUAUUUUCCACCGUGCUACCUCAGCAUGUGGGAGUUGUGUGUAGCACAGCAAAUCUCAAGAUGACUGGAUUUUGUAAUGACUGGGUUUGUGGAAGCAGUAGAAAUGAUCUACAGAUGUCAUUUCUUUUGACUGUAAUAUAGGCAUUUAUUUAGAUCACUUAUGUUCAUCACAUGGACUCAAAUGGAUUUUUUUGUCUGGAAAAUCUAUAAGCCAAUGCUCAGAACUAUCCAUGCCAUACUUUUUCUUUAUACUUCAUCUUUGUUUGCUAACUUGUUGAAGUACAAUCACAGCUGAGAGGAUGCAAAUUAUUGAACUCAUUUGCUGAGAGCUGUGGUUACAGCCCAUACUUUUUUUUACAAUUGAAGGAUUCAUGGAUGAACAUUAAGACGCAGUCGAUGCAAAUAACAUUGGUGCUGCAAAUGUCCUUUACUGGUGUUUUUCAGUUGCUGAGACUCAAGUUGCAACUUAUAGGAUAAAAGACAGUUCUAUCAAGCUUCUACCUUCAGGCUCUUUUGUUUUAUCUCCCCCCCACUGAACUUAUCAGGUGGGGGGGGGGAAGGGGUAAGGCCUAAACUAUGGAGUCCAACCCAGACAGCCCAAGUCGGGCUGUGGAGUACCUUCUGGAACUCAAUAACAUCAUCGAGAACCAGGCCAAACUUCUAGAAACGCAACGUAAACGAAUUGAGGAGCUCGAAACACAGCUAGACCGGGUCAACCAGGAGAACCAAGACCUGCGCCAAGACCGGAACCCAGGAACCGAGAACUCGUCGCAGAACCACAACUACAACCAGAGCACUAAGCCCAGCCAGCCGUCAUCGCUACCAAACCACAAUGCCGGAGGUGUCAUUCAGAACAGCAGCAGUAAUAUACCCUCAUCCACGGUGCCUGGUCCAGCUCGACGGACCCACACGAGGCUGACCCGGGGCCUGUCAUGUGGGUCAGCCCCUGUUGAGAAAGGCCGACUGGAGCGCAAUGACAGCUCUGGGACCAACAACACCUCGACUCUACGGAAACAUGAGGAGGAAACCCAGAGUUCAGCUUCACGUCCCUUUUCAGACAGUUCCAGCAGUAAAUCUCCGUACACGUACAGCUCUGAUCGGUACAGGGACAACAGCUGCGGCCCCCCAGGCCCUCGGGUGCCUUUUGUGCCCCCUCCAAGCCCAGCCAGUCUUGCCUGGGCACAGCGUACACGCAACCAACCAGCUAGCCUGGCCCUACGUAAGCAAGAGGAAGAGGAAAACAAGAGGUGCAAAGCCCUAUCCGACAGUUAUGAACUCUCUACAGACCUACAAGACAAGAAGGUGGAGAUGCUGGAGAAGAAAUAUGGAGGUUACUUCGUGAGUAGACGAGCAGCACGUACCAUCCAGACAGCAUUCCGUCAAUAUCGUAUGAACAAGAACUUUGAGCGCCUGCGCAGCUCAGCUUCUGAGAGCCGCAUGACACGGCGCAUCAUCCUUUCCAACAUGCGACUGCAGUACUCGUUUGAUGACCGACAGCCUCAGCCUCCCACCCCGACUCACUACAGUCACAGUCCAGGAAUGGGUCCUCCGCAUUCUCCAACCACAGAGCCAAGCUCCCCAUCACGUCCAGAGUACACCCACCUAGAGGACUCCUUUUCUAAACAAGUGAAGUCCUUGGCCGACUCCAUUGAUGAUGCUCUAACAUGUCGGCCACGCCGAGAUGACUCCCAGGAAGGGAUAGGGGAUGGAAGUGGUGUUGUGGAUGACUUUGGCGAGUGCAUAUGGAGCAGCAACAGCCACGCAUCCUUACGGAGAGGCCUUGGAGACAGGGAUCGAGGAGGUACAGGGGGCUUGAGCAUGCACGAGGAUAGCACAGCCACCUCCUACAGCGAUGUCACACUUUACAUGGAUGACGGACUACCUUCCUCGCCGCUUUCUCUAGACCGGGCCCCUAGCAGCACAGAUACUGAGUUCUGGGGGGGUGUUGGAAGCGGGGUAGGUGGUAGGGAGGAUAGCCGUGACACAGAGGGGGGAGGAAGCAGCAAUAGUCGCCGAAGCACACCUUGCACAGAGUGCCGUGAUUACCGUUUACGGGGAGGUCACUUACCUCUACUUACGAUUGAACCACCUAGUGACAGCUCUGUGGACAUGAGUGACCGCUCAGACCGAGGCUCCCUCAGCAGACAAUUAGUGUACGAGCAGGACUCGGUGGGAGGGUCACCUCAAGGUACACUUAAACACAACCCUAAUGCUCGUUCAGCGUCCUCAACAGCUGCACAAGGUCAAACACGUCCAGCUAGCCGAUCGAUACCGUCGCAUAUCCCACACCACAUGGCUCAUCAUCAUCACCAUCACCACCACCACCAUCACCAGUACCCCGACACUCCUUCGUCCUCCUCCUCUCCUCAACAGCCCCCAGCCACACCGCUCUCAUCCUCCUCUUCAGCACCCCUGCCACCUGGUGGCUUGGAGCAGCAGUGCUGCUCGGAUGGUGAUAAUGACUCACUGAACUCCACCACAAACUCUAACGAGACCAUUAAUUGCAGCUCAGGCUCCUCAUCAAGGGACAGUCUGCGGGAGCCACUGCCCCCAUUAGGAAAACAGACCUACCAGAGAGAAAGCCGGCACAGCUGGGACUCUCCUGCCUUUAACAACGAUGUGGUUCAGAGAAGACAAUAUCGCAUCGGACUCAACCUCUUCAACAAGAAGCCAGAAAAGGGUAUUCAGUACCUGAUUGAAAAGGGCUUUGUGUCAGACACACCAGUGGGCAUCGCUCGCUUCAUCCUGGAGAGAAAAGGCCUGAGUCGGCAGAUGAUUGGAGAGUUCCUUGGAAACAGACAAAAACAGUUCAACAAAGAUGUUUUGGAUUGUGUUGUGGAUGAAAUGGACUUUUCCGGAAUGGAUCUCGAUGACGCGUUGAGGAAAUUUCAAGCUCAGAUAAAAGUGCAAGGAGAAGCCCAAAAAGUGGAAAGACUUAUUGAGGCUUUCAGCCAGAGGUACUGUGUUUGUAAUCCAGCGCUGGUAAGACAGUUCCAGAACCCAGACACCAUCUUCAUCCUAGCAUUUGCCAUCAUCCUCCUCAACACAGACAUGUACAGCCCUAAUAUCAAAGCGGAGAGGAAGAUGAAGCUGGACGAUUUCAUCAAAAACUUGCGAGGGGUGGAUAAUGGUCAGGACAUCCCACGUGAUUUACUAGUUGGAAUCUACCAGCGCAUUCAGAAGUGGGAACUGAGGACCAAUGAUGACCAUGUUUCUCAGGUCCAAGCGGUGGAGAGAGUCAUUGUGGGCAAGAAACCUGUUCUGUCUCUGCCUCACCGCAGACUGGUGUGCUGCUGUCAGCUCUAUGAAGUCCCGGACACCAACCGCCCUCAAAGGUCUGGAGUCCACCAGAGAGAGGUCUUCCUGUUCAACGAUCUGCUUGUGGUUACAAAGAUCUUCCAGAAGAAGAAAACCUCUGUAACAUACAGUUUCAGACAGUCCUUCCCUCUGGUGGAGAUGCAGGUUCACAUGUUCCAGAACUCCUACUAUCCCCAUGGUGUCAAAUUAACUUCAGCUAUCCCGGGUGGUGAGCGUAAAGUUUUGAUCGUGUUCACGGCACCUAGUCAACAGGACCGCACACGGUUUGUCAGUGAUCUGAGGGAGAGCAUUGCUGAGGUGCAGGAAAUGGAGAAAUACAGAGUGGAGUCUGAAUUGGAAAAGCAGAAGGGAGUGAUGCGGCCCAGCCUGCUCACCAACAGCAUUAUGGCAGGAGGAGUGGGUGGGGUCAAGAAUGAAGUGGUGAAUGGCACUAUGGGAAGGCCUAGUCUGGAUGACAACUAUUCACCAGGAGAGGGCCUCAAACGCACUGCUCUCAGCUCCUCACUGAGGGACCUGUCUGAAUCAGGGAAACGUGGUCGCAGAAACAGCGUUGGUUCCCUUGACAGUACAAUGGAAGGUUCCAUCAUUAGCAGUCCGCGGCCUCACCAGCGUUACCCAGUAGCCACUGUGCUCCCGGGAUGCUAUGGAGCAGAAGAUUACCGGCCUCACCGCCCCAUCCUGAGCCCCGGAGUGGGGGUGGGGGGUGGGCCGGGGCAGCAACACACACCUGCAGUGACUGGCGCUGGGCCAGUCUCCAGCAGCACCGAGAGAGGAACGAGUGGAAUGGGGACUGGGAGCAACAGCAACAACACCGGUUCUUUCCUGGGCUCCCUGUUUGGGGGCAAGCGAUCCAAAGCGCCGGGCCCUAUUAUCCCCCCGGGGCCACCUUACCCCGCCCCUGUGGCCCCGCCGACUACAGGAGGGCCGCCGCCUCUGUCCCCGUCCUCGUUGUGCCCGGCGGAGGGCGGGGGACCUUCCAAGAUCCAGGCCCUGCACGCCCAGUACUGCCACACUACCAGCAACAGUGUCAGUGGACAGCCUCCGCCCCCGUACUACCACCACCAUCGCUUCCAUACGCAGACCGUACCCUCGUCUGGACAGCAAGGCCUCCAUACUCUUCAGCGGGUCACCUUACCUCGACGGCCACUCCCCAACCCCUCCGCGCACUCCCCGUACCAGCCGAUCUCCCAGCAUACUUUGCAGGGUCGCUACGGGAGCAUGGGCAACAUGGGCUCCGGCCACCCUCCCCCCCUUUCUCCUCACUCCCCACUCUCCCCUCAUCCGCAGUUUGCGCUGUUCCACACUCAGCCCACACACUCGGCCAGAGGGGGCGGCAUCAGCAAGCCCCCUCUCACACUGUCGCACUCGCAGCCGCACCCGCACGCACACUCCCACACCCACCCCGUGCACGUGCACACGCCGCACCCGGGGUCCCACCCCGUGCACCAACCUCACUUCGUGUUCGCCAGCCCCCCGCCUCCGCCCUUCCCUGCUCCCACUCAGCCGCCUCCAGUCUCCACGUCCGGCACUGUCCACCACGGGCCACCGGCCGGCCAGUAUCUGCCCCAGUAUCCUCCGUUGUCCUCCAUUCCCCUCCCCCCCCCCACUCCCCUUUACCCCCCCUUCCUCCCCCCUUACCCCUCUUACGCCUCUCUCCCCUCUCCCCCCCCAGCACCAAGGUCCACCUUCCCAAGCCGGGGGUCAGCAAGGGCCCUCGCCGGCCCAGACUGGAGCCGUACCUGGGGGGACGGGCACAGUCGAACGCGCCAAAUCCAAACCUACCAACCGGAUCAGCACGGUAGUGUGAGCCGGGGGAAGUCGCGAGGCUGGGGGUCGCUGAAGGGUCCUUUGGUGGUCGGAGGGGGGACCUCCGCGAGGGUGGAAGAGGCGGGCAGGGCCAAAUCUGAUAAUAAUGCCAGUGGGAAAAAGAAACGCAGCCUGCUAAGACUCUGCUACUUUCACCUGCGCUUCCCACAAGUGUAAUCGGAGGGACUUACCGAGGCAAAACUACGUUAACACACAAAUGCCAUACAGGUAGUUGGAGGCUCUCGGGUUGAUUAGUGCUGUGGGAUAACAAUAAAGAGUAACAAUUAGGACACUUUGCGUUCAGUUCAGCAGUUGUAGAUGGGUUUGGCUUGACGGCCAGUUGACCUUUUGGCUUCUUCUUAAAUUCCAUACUCAGACAAGAAAUAACCUAUAAGCACAUAAAAGGCACGUGGACAUGCACACACAAACUCGAACAUAAAAUUGUCCACAGUCUUGUUUCAGUUGCGUAUAGCCAUUAAGUUAGGGUAAAAUGGUUGUAUUUUGCAUUCAUCAUCGCAGACACUGGAGAAACUGAGUACCUUGCUUGACCUGUGAACCUGUUUAGGAAAUGUGAAGACCAGAGUGCAUACAAAUAACAGUGUGCUGGACAGAUCAUAGCACAGUAUGUUCAAUGAUUUCAUACAUUCCAGUAAUCAUGUUAAGCAUUAGUCGCUAGCAUUCGCAAGAUGCAAUAAUCUUUUCACUAAAUUGAUGUCCAGCUUCUACUUGCUAAUAAUUUUAAAUGCUCCAUUGCUCUUUUUGUACACAUCUAUAACAUUGACAUAUAUGAGUGUUAAUAGAGAUAAAUCCAGAAAGCAAAUAUAUUGGUAUGAUUGGUUGAAGUCAGUCAGUAUUGGCCUGACCUCUUCCACUCAUAAGACUAGACAGCUGUAAAAAGCCUUGUAUGUGGAUGUGCUGUUUGUAAUCAUCCUUGUCAGAAUUAUUAAUGUGUAUAUAAAAUUAUAGGAAAUUUUAUCACAAAAUAAUAUUUCAGUAAUGGUAAAUAUAUAUGAGUCAAAUAAUAUAUCAGUAACAUUUUAUCUAUGAACUUAAUAUUCAUAGCUACAGUUGCCAUACCAAUAAUGUGUUUCAGAAAAAGAAAUAAAAAUGUAUACACAAAUGAGAAAACAAGUAAAUUUCAUAAUUUGAUAUUUUAAUUUUGUUAAAUCCAAAGUGUUAUGCCUAAAAUCUAAACGCUUAUGGCAGCAUUGUUUUUAUUCUACAUUAUGUUACUUUGUCUUUAACCAGUUUGGUUUGACAGUAAAUUUAUUUUUGAAGAAACCGGAAGGGCUUGAAUGAAUUUCAAAGGAUGUUUACUCACAUUACAGUAAAAAUCACUGAGCCAAUUGGUGUCCAUUAUCAUCCAUGUCUAAAUUCUUAGCACAUAAAGUUCCAGUAAAUUUGUCAAGGCCCAGAAUGUGAAAACAAAAGGCACUUUAUAAAUGAAUGUUUUCUGAACUGUAUUAAAUUAAUAUAUCUCCAUAAUCCACGAAACAAACAACAUUACACUUUUUCCAGGUUAAGUAUUUUUACCUAUGAGGGCUAGUGACGUAUGAAGGAAACAUUCCAUGAAAGAUUGUUGCCAGUCUUCACAUCUGAAAUGUCUGUAUUCAUCGGGUCCUCGCAUUAAUACCGCCAACCAUACUUUACCAUGGUGUUUUUGAUUAUAUUUUAUGCUGUUAUAUGAAUGUUUGCUAUGAAUUUCAAUUUUAAUGAAUAUAACUAUUCUUCUUUUAUGUUAUGAAACUAAAUUUGACAAAAUACAAUAGAUACUUGUAAAUAGGAAAUGUUUUCUCAUGCUUUGACAUGAGUGUCAAGGGUGUGUUUUAUUGUUAUUGAUGAUUUUUAUGGACAAACACACUUGUCUUUACAAGUGUCCUUGAAUGUUGGAGACUUUAUUUGGGUAUUAUUUAAUUAUUAUAAUUUUUUUUUUUUUUUUAAACAGAAAUUGUGUACCAGUCAUGUUGUUUUUAAUUCAGCUUUGUUGAUUUUUGGUUUGGGCUAAAAGACAACCCAUUUUGACAACAUAGCACAAUAACCUUCCUCUUUUUUUCCUCUGUAUGGAUAAUGGAGGAGAAGAGGAAGAUGGAGGAACCUAUAUAAAUGAAUUAUCACAUUAAUACAAGGAUUUCAGUUUACCUGUACAAGAAAUCAAGGUAAUUUAACCUUAAGUAAGGCCUUAGUGUAAGUACUGCUUGAAGUUUCUGUUUGUGCGGAUGCUUAACGUGAUCUCAAGUGCUGUUAUAUAUUUCUGGACUGGGCUUAAUGGAGAUGCUCAGUAUUAUUUGUCUUGAUGUGAUGCUCAGUUAUUGUGUGUAAGAUAUUUAUGCCCUUUUGCUACCUUUUCAAAAUGUCAUCUCUUUCUAUGUGCUCCUGCAUAUGCUAUUUACAUAUGAUCAGCACUAUAAAUAAAUAAUAGGACAGUAUGGUGGAAAAUGAGGCUCCAUUUACAUAUAUUCCAUAGACAAAUACCAAAAUCGAUGUGAGAUGGGACAGAAUAUAAAGAUUAAAAAAAUACAUAACUUACUAAAAUGUACUUUAUUUCAAGAUUGAUUUCCAUGCUCUUUUUCAUGAACUGUCUGUCUUCCCGCUGUGAAUUUUACUGCACGAGUAUGUCUGUAUUUACUGAGCUCUGUAACAAACUGUACAUAGACUGUCACAGUAUGAUUUAAUAUUGACAGUGGAACAGGGAAAGUGUUAAAGGUUUAUGUAUGAGAGUGUGUGUGGGUGUGUGAAUGUGUAUGGGGAGGUGGCAUUAAGUGUAGAUGAUCAUUGCAUAUUUAUUUUGAUCCAAGAAAAUUAAUUUUAUCUGUAAACUUAAGUGUGUAUGUCAAAGCAGAUUGAAGUGUAAUUUUGAAAAAGGUAUAUGAAUUCAUCUUAUUUGUGUACAGAUAAUAUAUAAAAUUAAGCAAAUUCGGAGAGAUGUGAAUAUUUAUUGCCUAACAUUAUGAAUAAAAAUAUAUAAAGUGUCCUCACACAA